AUGGAGAGAAUGAUAAAAUUGAAAACCCUGAACUCCCAUAUCACUUGCAAACUGUGUCGAGGCUACCUGAUUGAUGCAACAACAGUGACUGAGUGCUUGCACACUUUCUGCAAAAGCUGCAUUGUGAAACACUUAGAAGAUAACAACACCUGUCCCGAGUGUGAAACUGUCAUUCAUCAGUCUCAUCCCCUGAAUUUCAUCAGCUUUGACCGUACAAUGCAAGACAUUGUCUUCAAACUUGUACCACAUCUGCAGAAGGAUGAGGAGGAACGGGAGAGGGAAUUCUAUCGAAGUCGCGGCUUGCCUUGUCCAUCAGAUGCUGCUCUGAAUGAAGAUGGAGAAGAAGGAAAUGGUCCAGGUGAGGCUGAUGCCAAGAAGGCAGAAAGUACAGAUUAUCACCGGUUUGAUGAACAGGUCAAUAUUUGCCUCGAGUGCAGUGGCAGUACAUUGCGUUCCCUUCCUCGGAAGUUCAUUCGUUGCUCUUCCCAAGCUACAGUGUCCCACUUGAAGAAGUUCCUUGCCAUAAAAAUCCUGGAUUCGAUGGAGAAAUACCGUGAUAUUGACAUUCUGUGCAAUGAAGAACUCUUAGGGAAAGAUCAUACUCUCAAAUUUGUUCUUGUGACUCGAUGGAGGUUCAAGGAACCACCACUUCUCCUCCAGUAUCGUCCAAGGAUUGAACUAUGA